CUUCUCUUCCAAUUCAAACCAAAGUUUUACGUUUACAAUUCAUUAGUCUUUCUUUCUUUCAUCUUUCUUCAAUCCUUUCUUCCAAGCAAUGAAAAACAGAAAGCUUUUUCCGACUUUUACAGAAACAAACCAAACUGUAGACUGCCAUGGCUUCUGUGAUCCUGCCUGCCCUUACAACUGCUACCCUUACCCUGACUAUUAUUAUCUACCUCCACCGCCACCUCCUUCUCUCUCAGAUCAAAACCAUUACAUCUCACCUUAUGUGAUCAUCUUAGUUUCCGUACUUGCCAGUUUCUUCCUUCUUAUUGGCUACUAUGUCAUUAUAGUCAAGUCAUGUUUUGGUUUGUGCUGGUCAAGGAAUAACAGGCAACCACAAGCUCAAACUGAUGGUUCCGAUGAAGAGUUUCUUGAUGAGAAUCGAGUUGAUCAUCCUAUUUGGUUCAUCACCACUGUUGGUUUGCAACAAUCAAUCAUAAAUUCGAUCACCGUUUGUAAGUACAAGAAGGGUGAGGGUUUGAUUGAAGGGACAGAAUGUUCAGUAUGCUUGAAUGAGUUUCAAGAGGAGGAGACAGUCAGGUUAUUGCCUAAAUGUAACCAUGCUUUUCAUAUUUCCUGUAUUGAUACUUGGCUAGGGGCUCACACUAAUUGUCCCUUGUGUCGAGCACAUAUUGUCUUUGAUGCUGUUUGUGCCCCACCAACUUCUGCGGAUCAAAAUUCUAAUAAUAUGGAGCUAGUCGCCGAUAACCGGAUAGAAAAUUCUGAGAUUGGAGGUGAACUGAGUAGUCAGAAUCAGGGGAGGAACAGUGAGCUUUGUGAAAACAGGGCCAGAGCAGACGCUUCAAGUGAAUUGCCAGAGGCUAAUGACCAAAGAAUUUUAAAGGAGGGUGUCUAUUAUGAGGAAAAUGGCACUUUGGAAGUCAGUGAUUGCAUUGACAGUAGCCAGGCUGUGGCUAAGGAGAUACAACAAAUAAAAAGGUGCGUUUCGAUGGAUUCUUCUUCAGCUGCAAGUUUGUUUCUCGGUUUGGCAAAUUUAUGUCCUCGUAAAUCAGAAGGAAGUUCUUUUGAUCAUCCAGAGGAUGUUGAGAACCCACAUUCAAGCAUCAUUCCAAAGCAAGAUGAGGGUAACUCAAGCGAGUUUAGGCUGAUGGGUAAUUCUUCCAUUGCUCAGCAUCUUCAUUUAAGUCCUGUUCCCAUGAAAAGAUCAUUCUCCUGUGGCGGAAGGUUUUUCUCAUCCAAACGUAGCCGCAGCAUGAAUUCAAUACUUCCGCUGUAAAGGUUUUUUACUCUUUUAGAUAUAGUUUUGGCUUUCUGAGUGCGAUAUUUGUUAAAAAGAGAAACUGUAUGCAGCAUGCACCCUCUUUAAAUUUGGGGUUGUUUUUUUCUGCUUCUCCACCAAAGCAUGGAACUCAAGCCUUAUGAUGCUGAGCUACCACCAGAGGAAUAUUAAAGAGACUUCUCUUUUCAGGAGAAUAAAUUUCAUGUAUUUGCCUUGGUUU